GCUGAAUUACUAAUUCUUUUUCUUUCUUCUUUCUUUCUCAUUAUGAAUUUCAGUUUUGAAGGCAACUAUAAGCCAAGACGCAACAUCAACUUGGGUGGUGUUAGAAAAGUCGAUGAUAAAAAGUCGCUUAUGGUCAAAGCUCAACUUGAAAGAAAACAACGAGAACAAGAGCGUCUUCGUUUAAAGAGUGCAGAACGUAUUCAGGCUUUCUAUCGAGGACGAAAACAAGCUGCUCUUAUUCGACAAACAUUAAGACAUGAAUUUGAAUCCGUUGUUCGUACGGAACCUAUCGACAUGAUUACCUUGACUCGACAAUUGCUCUUAUUUUAUCAGCCUGAGAAAGACACAGCUUAUCUAGAACAAUACGCAGCUCAACUCACAGUGAUGCCUACAGGUGAUUCUUGGGUCUGGCUUGUCUGUCUGUUGAUCAAGAAAGUACUUUUACCCAGCAUAAAACAUCCUUCUGCAUCUCACCUAUUUUCUCGACUCUUGAAUGACUCUGAUCAUCAUAUCCGCAUCAUGACAUUUACGCUCUAUCAUACGUCUGUCUUCAAGACCAUCAAAGAAGCAUUUGAAUUAUUUCCAGACACUGUCGAGUCCAUUUUAUACCAAUAUGUUGUAUUUUAUCCACCUUAUGACUACCCAACAUCAUCUCUGAUGGAACAGUAUGGUGGUAGAAACAGACACGCUAUUUACAUGACACGUCCUGCAUUACUUGAAUGCAUCACACGUCAAUUAUUGACAGAUCCCUUUUUCUUUGAUCAUUUCAAUAACCGCUCUGCUGUUGUCCAUGCAUGGUCGACUCAAUUGCCAUUAAAGGACAUGUUGGCUACCGUGAUCGAUCUGUUUCCUAGUUACAACCUGGACCCCGAGGACAUUGCUGGGCUGUUGAUUAACCUGACAGAAAUGGGGGAAGCAGACUCAGGCAAACAUUUGUCUGGUGUGCUUACCAUGUAUGCAAAAGCCGUUCAGUUACUACUGACACAUUUACCUCUUUCGUAUCUAACAGACAUGUCCAAGGAGACCAUCAUAGAUCAAGACUCUUCUGAUGAUGAUGACGACAAUGACGAUGAUGAUGUGGUUAUGCAAGAAGCAAAACAACCUUCUCUAGUGAUAUCACCUCUUAUUUUAGCUCGUCUUGAAUCCCUGUAUGCUUCAGAUCGUAUUCAUGAGCUUCUUUAUUCGUUUAUUCAACAACAACAAUCAGACAUUGAAUCCAUUGCCAGUUUCUUUAAUACACUCAUGUUACGAUGGCCUUCUAAAAAGGACAGUAUUCUCAACACACUUCUAUAUAAAUCUCGACAAAAGACAACCCAACCUUUAAUUCAUGUUUUAUGGGAGUCUUGGUCAACAACAGCCAUGGUCUUCAAUGAAGAACACAUCAUGUUGCAUUUAGAUACUGCAGUCAAAUCCCUGAUGGACGGUAACCAAUGGUCUAUUCUGUAUCUUUUAUGUGAAGUCUAUGCGCGUUUGUUAUUGACAAUGGGAGAUGACGAGUUCUUCUCGACCAAGAAUCCACUUGAACUCAAUCAAGUCGUUGGAUUAAGUAGACAACUUAAGCAUAUUGCGUUUAUUAUGUUUUGGCGUGCUAAUACGAUGGAUUUAACACAGACGAUUGGUAUGACAGGUAUUCAACUCAGUCAAUUACGGUCCAGUGUCACUCAUCUAUUACAACAAAUUCAUAUGCGAGAGUAAGUGAAUAAUAACAAAAAGAGGGGGAGGGGCCUAUUAAGAGGGAUGAUUAAUGAUGUCUA